AAAACUCUUAUGAUUUCAUUCUCCUUUCACAAAAGAAGUCUUCUUUAUUCUCUCAUCAUUUUCGGGUUCUUUUUUAAUUGUUUUCUUUUGAUUUUCUGGGAAUAAAGCAUCAUCAGAAAUAAAGCAUCAUCAGAAAGUUGGAUUCUUAGUCUCUUAUCAGACUUUAGAUUCGAAAGCUACCCAGAAAUAGCAAAGCCGUGCUCUGUUUGAGUGAGUAAAGAAAGUGUUAUUGCGGCUAUCUUUUGCAUUAUCUCCUUUUCUUUUGUCUGGGGUUUACUCUCUUUCAACAAUUUUCUGGUGCUUUUCUCCGCACCACUUUCUGAUUGGGUUCACUUUCCUUGAAAUUUCUUGCGGUUUGAUGAACUUUUUGAGUAAACCUUUGAAGGGGGGAUUAAUGGCGGAUUUUUUAAAAUUUCGUUUCCAUGCUUAUCUUUAACGUGUUCUUUCUCUUUUCAACCCUUUAUUCUCCUCGUGUCUGGUCUCAAAAGGAAUAUUUUCUUUGCUUCUUUUCUUUUUAAUUCCACUCCCUUCGUACUUCACUGUUCACUCUCCGAUCUCAAUGUGAAGAGGUGAAAGAAUCUGAAAAAAAUCCCAGAGAAUCCCAAAUGAAGAAGAAAAUGGAUUGUUUCGUCCUUCCUUCGAUCAAAUACACUGAACACCGAUAUCAAACGACGCUCCUUUCAGAUAUCGGACUCGAAAACCAGCCGGAAAUGAAGCAUCAGGUUGUUCGGAUUUCAGUUACAGAUGCCGACGCCACUGAUUCCUCCGGCGACGAAGAAGAACAAGCAAGCCGAUGUUGUUCUCGAAACAGAGUGAAGAAAUACGUCAACGAGAUAACUAUCAAGUCAUCAUGUUCCGUCAAAAGCGACACCGUUUCGAGGAGUAAAUCGUCGUUGUCGAAGAGUUCACGAAAGAAGCCGGCGGUGAAAGUUAAACCGUUACCGGCCGGUAAGAAGUACAGAGGUGUAAGGCAACGGCCUUGGGGGAAAUGGGCGGCUGAGAUCAGGGAUCCACAGAGACGUGUACGGCGAUGGUUAGGUACCUAUGAUACAGCCGAGGAAGCAGCGAGGGUAUAUGACAACGCGUCUAUUGAAUUACAUGGACCCGACGCGCUCACGAACUUCUCGAUUCCCAAAGGAAAAACGAUCCAAGUCGAAAACAGCCAAAAACCGUUAUCCAGCUCAGACUACAACUCAGGCGAAGACUCACACAACGCAAACCUCUACUCUCCGACUUCCGUCCUCCGUUUCCCGUCGUUUUCCUUCGCAGACGGCAGCGAUUUGCAAAGCGUCAAAUUGCCUCGAAAAUCCGGGAGCGAACACCGUGAUGUCGUUGAAGAGGCUUGCUUCAUAUCGGGAGAAAAAUUCUCUAAUUUCUCCGACCAAUCGUCUUCUAAUGAUAUAUUCAGCUCAGUGCCGGGUUUGUUCGAUGAUAAUACGAGCUUACACGACUCUUUGCCGAAAGAUAAUUUCGGGUACGGGUUUUUUAAUUCGGAUGGUGAUUUCGAGAUCGGAUUCGGGGGUUUGUCGAGGUUGAAACGUGUCGAUGAUCAAUUCCAAGAUAUUGGGGAUUUGUUCGGGUCGGAUCCCGUGGUGGCAGUUUGAGAGUGUUUCUCCGCCGAUUCUAUGGCUAUUUUUGGAUCGGCGGUAACUGAAAGUAUCGGCUGUUUUUUUUUAUGAUAUUAUUUAAUUGUUUAAAAAUGUUAAUAUUAGUAUAUUUAGUAAAAGUAAGACUAUUAAAAUUUCUC